AUGGUUUAUAUGUUGCCGAAAUAUUUUGGUAUGAGAGAUCCUCCAUUUGCCACAACCCUUGUUCCUGCAACAGUUGCAGACCAAGUGGUCGUCCCAGAGGCAGCUUCAUUUGUGACAGAACCACACGAUACUACAGUUGGAGGGCAUUUGCAUCGACAAAAUACGCGUCCAACUACAACAGAAGCGAAUAUAGUCAUAAGCGGGCAAACGAAGACCUGGGUGCAGAAAGAAACACGUUUGGAUCCAGAGCAAGAAAAGCUAAGGGCUGUAUCAGAUGCUAUAUUGAAUGAUUUGAAUCAUAACCAGCAACAGAAUGCACAGUGUCUAGACGGGCAUCCAGAAGCUCUUCCAGCGCAGCAACGACUCCCUGUACAUACACGAUUGGGGAACCCACCAUUAACAAUUCAUCGAAUUAUGUUCAAAAUAGAAGACCGUCAGUUUGGUAGCGGGUUCAAAGACCCAAUCAACAAGGAAGCGCUGAAUAAAGAGCAGUCAGAGCAAAACCUGUCAAUGACAGAGAGUGGCAUCAUGUUGUUCAUCAAAAGUUCCCUACCCUGUCACUAA